GCCUGUGGCUCACACGAAAAUACAUCCCGAUCAGAAACUAGGUGAAAGUGUUCAGCAACUUCUUCUAGCGAAAAUUGCAGUCUACUUGAUGACCUUCUUAAUAGUCACAGUGGCAUGGGCAGCUCAUGUAAGGUUGUUUCAGGUGAUAGAGCUUAUAGAUGAUGUCCUCGCUCUUCUAAAUCUGGCUUGUAUGAUGAUCAUAACUUUCUUGCCGUACACAUUUUCCUUAAUGGCCUCCUUUCCAGAGGUACCUUUUGGCAUUUUCCUGUUCAGUGUCUGUGCUGUUGUCAUUGGCCUUAUACAGGCUGUGAUAGUAGCAUAUGGAUUCUAUCACCCACACUUACUGAAUCAACAGAUACAGGUGUCUGAGAAUCAGAAUUUCUAUAAACAUCAUAUCUUAAAGAUUAUCCUAAGAGGACCAAUUUUAUGCUUUUUAGCAGCCAUCUUUUCUUUUUUCUUUAUUCCUUUGUCUUAUGUACUUCUUGGUCUCGUAAUCGUUUUUCCGCAUCUCACUCGAUUCAUUACAUGGUGUAAAACCAAGAUUGUUGGUCAGAGAGAUGCAGAGGAGGAACACCAUAGCUUAGAAACCUUCACUUUUUACCUCAGUGAGCCUCUGAGUAAGGAACGGGUAGAAGCAUUCAGUGAUGGAGUCUAUGCUAUUGUCGCAACCCUGCUCAUUUUGGAUAUAUGUGAAGACAACGUCCCUGAUCCCAGGGAAGUUGAGGAGAAGUUCCAUGGCAGCCUUCUUGAAGCUUUAAGUGAAUAUGGGCCAAACUACCUUGCCUACUUUGGCUCAUUUGUGACAAUUGGUCUCCUGUGGUUUGUCCAUCACUCACUUUUCCUUUAUGUAACAAAAGCUACACGAUUAAUGGGACUGUUUAACAUACUUUCACUGGCUUUCAUUGGUGGGCUUCCACUAGCUUACCAGCUUACCAGUGAAUUUGCAGAGAAGUCUCACAAUGAAAUAGAAGCCAUCCAGGUCAGCUGUGUUAUCACUUUCUUUGCCAGCAUAUUUCAGUUUGCAAUAUGGACUACAGCCCUCCUCCAUGAAAGGGAAACAUUGCAUCCUUUUGCUAGGUACGGUGGCAAGGAGCAUGCCUUCAUGUUUGCCAAGCUGGCUCUCUACCCUUGUGUAAGCCUUGGGGCCUUCUUUCUGACAUGCUUGUUAAGUGAAUUUAGCACAGCAAUUUUCCAUCUUAUGCAGAUUGUAAUUCCAUUUGCUUUUCUUGCCUUGCGGAUUUUUGUUAGAAUUUCUUUAACUGUCAUAAAGUUUGUGAUGUCUCUCUCCAGACGGAAGGUUAUAUUGUUAGAAGAAGAGGAGGCAUGUUUGUCUCCUACUGAAACACUGUCCUAAGUUUCCGUGCAGUGCAUGUGAACUUACAAGAUGAACUUCAGUUCUUCUAAUGUUAUCUUCAUGUGUGGAUUAUAUUGAUCUAAACCAAAGCCUGCAUUGUCCGUAACUGGGGCAUAUUUAAGUUUUAGCUGGUCAUGCUUGAGACCCUUUCAUCACAACAUGUUACUGAAAAAAUUGGGUAAAUAGGGGAUACAAAGAAAAGCAUGUUCCCCUUCCUUUAGAGUUACCCUUUUGGAAAAUAUGCUGCUUGACAUGUAACUGCAGUGAUGAUUGAUUAAGAAGUGCACAAACAGAUGCCCAGCAAAAUGCCCUUUUGUGUGGCAGUCGUUAUUGCAGCCAAACACAGGUAUAGAAGCUGGUUGUGCUGCUGGAAGACAGGGAGUGAGGCUUGGAAGACAGGGAGACCUCUGGAUUUCUGGAUGGUGCAUCAUGGUAGAGCAUUUGUGCAUACAAGUUGCUGGUCUUCUCAACACUUUUUUUUUUUUUUUAUAAUGAUUACAAUGUCUCUUCUGCAUAGUCACAAACUUGUGAUAGCAUUUUGAAAACUACUUGUAUUUGAGUGGCUCUGAGCAUGAGUUUGGAUGGGAGUUGCAAUUGUUACCCAUGUGCAAUCUCUCAGGCUACCUGAACGUUAAGUUCUUCAGGCCUUUUAUAAAGGACGUAUUUAACAUAUACAGGUCCUUUUAAAAAAGGAUGUAUUUAACAAAUGAGGAUUCAUGUGGCUAUAUAUGUGAGGUUUGAACUAGCUUUGGUAUCUCCCAGGGAAGAGAUUCAAAGAGCUGGGGGACUAGAAGAGAGUUUGUUUUCAGUUCUGGAACAGCUGCUCAUCUGAUAUGAAAGGUUUGGAUUUCUCAGGCUUUUUGCAUCUUGAAAGGGACAUCCUUCUGUUACUCUGAAGGCAUGAUACUGUAUUCAGAGAGACCUUCCUGCCACGUGUAAGAGUUCCCCAUCAGAUAAGGGAGUUGAGUUUUUCCCUAAGCAGAAGCUAACCAAGGGAUCCCACAGAUCUCUUUUGAGUCUCAGCAAGACAGCAAGAAACUAACCCUCUAGAAGUUCCAGUCCAUGGCAUGUUGAAUUUUUUUACGCUUACGUGCAAUUUGAUAAGGAGUGGGCAAAGUCAUCUAGCCUCUGGCUGCCCUGGAAGCCUUUACAUUUCUUUUUGGCAGAGCCAUUAGUUUGUAUCUUGAACUGUCUUAGUGCCUGAUAACUGUAAUGCCAUAUUUAAAGGCAUUUAAGGGAUUUUGUUGUUCCUCUUAAAAAGAAUUCAAGAAUACUGUGGCAAAUGCCUGGAGUAAUUGUUAGUGAAAACAAAUGCAGAUAGCUCGUUUCAGUUGAGAUUAGUCUUGAAUGCACUUGUGCUUUUGGUUUGAAGCACUUCAGUACCAAUAGGUUAUUGUUAGUAUUACCUACUUCCUGUGAGAGAGUAUGUUCAGAUAUUCAAGGGUUUUUAUACCUGGUUGAGGUUAAAUGACUUGUAGUAGGAUUCUGCAUUGUCUUGUGUACCGCAGGGUCUUUCUUAAUAAAAGCACUUUUGGUUCUACAUGUUUUUGUUUCUAAUGUGCAGUGGGCACA